AUGCCUUCAAGAACAAUUUACAUGAGAACUUACAUGCAGAAGAAAAGACAAAGUGAUGAAUUUAAAAAUAAGGAUAAAGAGUACACUCUUCAAUCAAAACACAAUGCCAGACAGUCUGAAGAAUAUCAGAAGAAAGAUAGACAGCGCUCGCUUCAGUCAAUGCGCAAUGCCAGACAGUCUGAAGAAUAUCAGAAGAAAGAUAGACAGCGCUCGCUUCAAUCAAAGCGCAAUGCCAGACAGUCUGAAGAAUAUCAGAAGAAAGAUAGACAGCGCACGCUUCAAUCAAUGCGCAAUGCCAGACAGUCUGAAGAAUAUCAGAAGAAAGAUAGACAGCGCUCGCUUCAAUCAAAGCGCAAUGCCAGACAGUCUGAAGAAUAUCAGAAGAAAGAUAGACAGCGCUCGCUUCAGUCAAUGCACAAUGCCAGACAGUCUGAAGAAUAUCAGAAGAAAGAUAGACAGCGCUCGCUUCAGUCAAUGUGCAAUGCCAGACAGUCUGAAGAAUUCAGAGAGAAAGAGAAAGAAAAUGAGAAGAUGUUGAAAAGAAGGGCGAGAUUAGUUAAAGAAUUUAAGCUUUGGGAAGCAAAACAAAGAAGAGAGAAACGAACAAGUGAUGACAUUAAACAAAGAGAACUUGAAAUACAAAAUAAGUCAAAGAGAAAAUCAAGAUCAAAUCCAUAUAAUUUGGAAGAGAAAGAAUUGCAAAACAGCAAUGGAGAUUAG